UGCUAUCAUAUCAGGAAGCGUUGUCUUAUUAUUUUUGUGUGACUUUGGAGAAGAAAGAGAAAGCAAGCAGUCUCAUACUGACAGGAGACAUUAUUUGUUUUGUUUGUAGUUUUAGCGAUAGCAACUCUGCGGCGUAUUUUAGCAAAGACUACCAAAUUGUUCAGUAGCCUAUACUUUGAUGCAUCGUGAGCUGGUCAGUUUAGUAUCACAGCUAGCUGCGCCAGUGAGUUUCACAACAGAAGUACACACAGCUAGCUAGCAUAGCUGGCUGCGCUAUUAUGAGAGCUGCCAAAAGCUAGCUAGCAUCUCAUGUUGACGUUAUCUAUCUACCCAGUCACAACCUUGUCUCCAGUGCAUUGUGCACUCUAGUGACCACAAUGGCAUUUUGACAACUACUUUUGUUUUUUUGAAUCGUUGUGUUUUGAUGCUGCUGAUGGGGAGGACUGUCCGACACCAGUGUCAGCCCGGGGAACUAUUAUGUUAGGUUUUGAAUAACAAGCCAAGUUGAAGUUACUGUUUAUAUUUUGUUGACAAGGACACUUUCAGUUGUCAGCUAACAGACUGGUUAGCUGGAGUGUUUGAAAAUGGAAUUUGAUUAUCAGAACGACUAAAAGACACAUUGAUAUAUGCAGCAAAAUGACUCCAGACUCAUGGUGUGAACGCUGACCCCUCCACUCUCUAACUCUCCCCUUCCAACAACAACUCAUAAUGUUGGAGGGACUUGUUGCCUGGGUACUGAAUACAUACCUUGGCAAAUAUGUCAGUAACUUGAACACUGACCAGCUCUCCAUCGCCCUUCUGAAAGGGGCGGUGGAGCUGGAAAAUCUACCCUUGCGGAAGGAUGCUCUGAGGGAGUUUGAUUUGCCCUUUGAGGUCAAAGCAGGCUUCAUUGGGAAGAUCACCCUGCAGAUCCCAUUCUACCGGCCGCACAGUGAGCCAUGGGUCAUCUCCAUGUCGCAGCUGAACCUGAUUAUUGGGCCCGCCCGCCCUCAGGAAUUUGACGAGGAAGAGGAGAAGGAGGUGGAGCGUGAGCGCAAGAAACAGCUGCUCAAGGCACUGGAGGACAAGUGGAAGAGCGAGUGUGAGCAGAAAGGGGAAUCAUACUGGUACUCGGUCACUGCCUCGGUGGUCACCAGAAUAGUGGAAAACAUUGAGCUAAACAUUCAAGGUGUUCAUCUAAGAUUUGAAGAUAACUAUUCCAACCCAGAGAAACCAUUUGCAUUUGGAGUGUGCAUCAAGAAUGUCUCUGCUCAGAAUUCACCCUCAGAACGGGCUCAGAAGCUCAUGCGACAGAAGCAGCUGGAGAUCGAGGACUUCAGCGUCUACUGGGAUACCAGCAGCACCAUGCUAGGUGACCUGCCCACUACUGAGAUUCAGGAGACCAUGACCGAAUGCAUGCAGAGCCGAGAGCACCAGUACAUCUUCGAGCCUGUGUGUGCCUCCGUGCUGCUGCGGAGGAACGCGUCCAAAGAACCGCUCCGCUCCCGCCACACCCCUCGCAUCCACGGCCAAGUGCAGCUAGAGCCCCUGGCUCUCAAGCUGUCCCAGGUUCAGUACCAGCAGAUCAUGGCCUUCUUGAAGGAGCUGGACCGCAGGGAGAGGGAAAUGCUGUUUCGCAAAUGGAGGCCUAAAGUCCCCAUCACAGGAAACUGCCGACAGUGGUGGAUGUUUGCCAUCAACGCCAACCUGAGCACCAUCCGGGAGCAGAGACGGCGCCAUAACUGGAACUUCGCUCUGCAUAGGGCACGGGAUGCCCUACUCUACACUACUCUUUAUGUCCAGCGGCUUAAGGGCCUCCCUCUGAGCCCGCAGCAGGAGGACGAACUAGACAGGAUGGAGGAGGAGCAGACCCUGGAGGAGCUGCAGAGCCUGAGAGAGAUCGUCCACGACCGGUUCCGUAAACAGGAGGAGAUUGCAGAGAGUUUAAGAGAGCCCAUCUCAGAUCCGGGUUGCUCAUCUCCGACGGGCUCCAUACCCAAGAGUGGGAGCUCUGGGAUGAUCCAGUACCUGCAGUCCUGGUUCCCUGGCUGGGGAGGCUGGUACGGAGACUCGCAGGGCCCAGAAAGCGGGCCAGACGGCCAGGGAAUAGCUCCAGAUGACCUUCUGCCAGGCCCUGGCUCAUGGGAUAUACUAGCUGACCCAGAUGAGCUGUUUGACCCAUUGGAAGAUUCCCAGACUCUCAACACUUUCACAAGGAGGGAUCAUCUCUUUGCCCGGCUGGACUUUUUGCUCGAGAAGGCCUCUGUGACACUCUUACAUCAAGAAAAGACCGCUUUGGCAUCUAAAGAGAGUGGUGUCAUUCAACUGGAAUUUUCAGGUGUCAAGAUUGGUGUGGAGUCUCUUCCCCGCUCUGAGUCCUCCUGUCUCACUGUCAAGCUGGGAGGCCUGUUUCUGAGAGACCUGACCACCCAUGACACAAUCUUCCCUGUCCUUGUCUCUCCUAAAACAGAUAAAGUUGUUGUGGCUAUAAAUCAACCUUUUGGACAGCCUUCAAGUACAGAUUCAGCUCCCAGCGCGGAGUCCUCGGCUGCUCCUGUCUUUGAGAUGAUCUAUGAACGCAACCCCGUCAGAUGUAAAUAUGAGCGUCGGUUAGAGGUCAACACCAGCCCUCUAAACAUCAUUUAUAACCCCCAGGCCAUUAAAAAGGUGGCUGACUUCUUCUACAAGGGCAGGGUACAUACCUCAGGGUUUGGAUACCAGUCAGAGUUGGAGCUGAGAGUAGCAGAGGCUGCCAGACGGCAGUACAACAAGCUGAAGAUGCAAACCAAAGCAGAAAUCAGGCAGACUAUUGAUCAGCUGCUUGUCGGCGAGUUCAUUGAGAACGGCAAACGAUGGACAAUGAAGCUGGAUAUAUGUGCCCCACAAGUGAUCUUUCCUGAUGACUUUCAGUCAGGAGAUCCCAUGUUGGUGGUUGUUGAUCUUGGUCGCAUCCUCCUGACUAAUUCACAAGAGGAUUCAAAACCAAAAGUGAAGAUUACACAGUCAGAUGGAGAUGACUUGAGUGAUGAGGAGUAUCAGACGCCGCUAGCGACGCCACCAGAGUCCCCUCCCCCAGAACCAGAAGCUGAGUUCAAAGACCGCGUCAAGAGCCCAGAACUGCCCAGUUUCUCGUCACCCGAAGCUGCCCAGGCCUACAGCAGGAAACUGUACGAAAAGUACUCCCUGUCCUUCAAAGACCUUCAGAUCAUGGUGGGCCGCUACAAGGACAACUGGAAGCACCUGCAGGAGAACGAAGUCGGCCCGACACACGUGGUGGAGAAGUUCAACGUGCUGCUGCAGCUUGAGCAGAGGCUCCGCUACACCUCGGACCCCCAGCUACCCGGAGCGGUUCUCUCAGGGACCCUCCCUGACCUCAAGGUGCACAUCAACCUGGAGAAGAUGACCGCACUGAGGAGCUGCCUGACUCGCCUGGGCAGCACGACAGCCGAGGAGGAGAAGGGCUACAGCAAGGGAGAGAGCCUCAAAUCUCCUGACCCUUUGACACUGCGUCAUGAGAAGAUCUUUCAGAGGGAGGACAGCUCCUGGAAACUGCAGGGGUCUGCCAAAAACCUCACUCAGAGUGUAAUGACCCUGGAGCAGCAUACGAGGGAAGUAUUGGUGGAAUCCAGGCUGCUUUUAGCAGAGUUCAACAUCAACUAUAUGCAGCUGGGUGUUGAGAGUGGUGGGCGGUAUAUCUCUGUGCUGAAAGUCUUUGGCACAAACGCCCAUUUUGUAAAACGGCCUUACGAUGCUGAGGUGUCCCUCACGGUUCACGGGCUCCUUCUGGUGGACACCCUACAAACCUAUGGGUCGGACUUUGACCUUUUGGUGGCCUCCCACAAGCAUCUAAGUUUUGAUGUGCCUACCGGUAGUCUCCGAGAGAGCCAGCCGACGUCCCCUGUCUCUCCUGAUGGAAGGUCCCCCGAGCCUUCAGACCUCCAUCGGGAGUCAUCGGGAUUGCCUUUUGAGAAAGUGUCUCCCAUGAGUUCCUUUUUCAAGGACCAGGAGGCGCUCAUAAAACUGGAGUACCAGUUUGUUAGCUCAGACUGCCCCUCUAUGAACCUGGACAGCUCCCUUCAGGUGACCUCCAUGCAGGUGAAUAACUUGGAUAUCAUUCUCAAUCCAGAAACCAUGGUGGAAUUGCUCAAGUUCCUCCAGCAGUCAUUCCCAAAGGAAGAAAGCACAUGUUCGCCCUCGACACAACAAAUAUCACCACUGCCUAAUGGAGAGGGCCAAGACGAAACCUUUCAGUCCACUUAUGAGCAAAACAUCGAGUUCACCGUGGAGAUUCACCGAUUGAACCUAUUGCUGCUACGGACAGUCUCUACAGGUACUGUUCUGGGUGGAGAAAAGAAAGGCAUGAAAAUAGCAACUGCCAGUAUCAAUGAAACUAAAGUCAACGUUUCCAUGGGAAGCAGAUUGGAUGUCAAUGGUUCCCUUGGGUGCAUUCAAUUGGUGGACCUAACUCAGGAAGGUGGUAGAGGCCAGUUUGUGGUCAGUAUUGGGAAUGUAGAAGAGAUUCCUACUUCCGAGAGUAUGGCUUUCUUCUCCAAUCCAGGAAUGGCGCCAUCAGAAGCUCUAAAUUUCCGUCUUCUGGAGAAGUCUCAAGGGGAGUGCUCCUUACAGCUCCAGAUGGCUUCCUUGCACUACAACCACUCAGCUAAAUUCCUGAAAGAGCUCAGUCUAUCAGCCAAUGAGGUGGAGGACAACUUCCGCUCUAUGCUGAAGACCGCUGCUUCUAAAGUAUCCACGGUGCUCGCAAACAAAACUGCUGAGUAUACUGGAAUGGUGUCACUCUUUGAAACCCCAUCCAGGAGAUCCAGAACUCAAAGUCAGAGUAACUGGCAGCUGGAUCUCUUUGAUGAUGAGGAAGAUUUAACACUGCCAGAGGAAGAGCCAAGCUUGGAUUCUUUUUUGGUGAAGCUAACAUUAAACAUCAGCAUUGAGUCACCUGUUGUGUCCAUUCCCAGAAAACCUGGUCACUCAGAGCUUCUUGUCGGACAUCUUGGGAGUAUAACAAUCCAGAAUUUCAUAGCAGGACAGGACUCCGAAGGGGAACGAUUACAAGUGGAAGUGAAAGACAUCAGGCUGUACUCGCUCAACACCUGUCACCUGAUGCAACGAAAGGGACUGCGAAGUGAUGUCUGCUCCAACUCUAGUUUCUCUCCAUCACAUAACGAAAGUCUCAAUCAGGAUGAGCCCCAGUUCACUCGACAUGACUUCUUUGAGGUACUAAGUAGGGGAAAAGCAUUCCAUAUUUUGAAAGACACCACCAUACAGUUCACCCUGGAGAAGGUCCCCAUAGACGUAGACAGCCAGUUCACCUAUCUGUCUUGUGAUGACUCAUUUCAUAGCACUGGAUUACUCAGAGUGGAGGGCAAAUUUGUCAACGCUGUCCAGGUUUGUCUGUGCAAGCCAGUUUAUGAGCAGGUUCUCCAGACUCUGGAUAACCUCUCACUUAUCGAAGACCAGCGGGCAACACCGAGCCAGCCACCAACCCCACCCCCUCCUACCCCAUCUUCCACCAAGCCACACCGCUUCCCAGACCCCCAGGGGGGGCUUUUUGCACGUGACCCUCCCCACAUGAACCUGUCUUACUCCUCUUUGUCCUCCUCCCUCUCCACCCCGCUCCCUCUCCAGAACCACAGUCCUCCACUACAGCCGCCUUCGUUCACCCAGGUGAGGGCCACCUUCUGCGUGGCCGAGCUCCAGGUGCAGCUCAGCGCUGACCUCUCCCAAGGCUCCCAGGGUUUGGUCAGCCUCCGGUUCCAGGACCUGGAGGGGGAGUUCACCAAAGACCACCCUCACGUGCUUUCAGUCCAGCUCGCUCUGCGCUCCUUGCUCAUGGAGGAUCUGCUAGAACAGAACCCCGAAUCCAAGCACAAGCACCUCAUCGUGUCCCGAGGGGCCCCCAAACCUUCCACCUUCACCCCCAAGGAGUACCUCUCCCAGUCCUGCCCCUCCUCGUCCAACGCUCUGUACCCCGAAAUGCCCCGCUCACUGCCAGCCCACAUGGAGGAGGCUCAAAAUGUCUUCCAGUUCUACCAGAGGCACCCCAGCGCACCUUCGCCCGCCACCCGCAAGAAGAAGGACCCCACCUGCCCCAGCACACCCCCACCCUCCCCGUCGCGGAACACCCCCUCUCCGCACCCUCCGCCAGAUUUCGACGAAUCGCUGGUGCACAUCAACGUGCUGAUGGUGGACAAGCGUCACCCGGAGUUCCAGACUCGCUACGGGAGCAUCGGGCGCAGCAUUGACGUCGACUUCAACUGCCUGGACGUGCUCAUCACCCUGCAGACCUGGGUGGUGAUCUUGGACUUCUUUGGGAUUGGCUCCACAGCUAACAACCACGCUGUGAAGCUGCCGCCCAACUCUCCCCAGCCGAUGCCAGGGCACCCCUUGGACAAUGACUCCCCCAGUGACCUGACGGAUAUCUACCCUGAGAUUAAUGAAGAGGAACUGGAGGAUAGGGUGAACACCAAGCUUGAUCUUAAGGUCCACGCAUUGUCUCUUGUGCUCAACAAGAAAACGACUGAGCUUGCAAAAGCCAGUGUCUCCAAAUUGUUCACUCACAUGGAAAUGAUUGAUGGAGAUCUGGCCCUGCAGGGCAGUCUGGGCAGCCUGUCUCUGAGUGACUUAACCCCUCAUGGAGAUCUCUACAGAGAGCGUUUCACAACGCGGGGCGGAGAGGCUCUCGUCUACAACAUCCACAAGUAUGGUGAGCCUGAUCCAUAUCUGCAUCGGGAGUGCGACAUCAAGGUGUCUCUCCAGAUGGCCUCGGUGCAGUACGUUCACACCCAGCGCUUCCAGGCAGAAGUGGUGGCCUUCAUCCAGCACUUCACCCAGCUCCAGGACGUCCUGGGCAGGCAGAGGGCUGCGGUCGAGGGCCAGGCGGUGCGUGAGCGUCCCCAGCGAGCAUCGCGCGUGCUGCUGGACAUCGAGGCAGGCGCGCCGGUGCUGCUGAUCCCCGAGAGCUCGCGCUCGCCCCGCCUGAUCGUGGCCAACCUGGGCCAGCUGCGCGUGCACAACAGCUUCCUGUCCGCGGGCACCCAUGGCACCUUCUCUCUCAGAGACAAGGUAGAGAAACUUACCAUGGCACAUGCCUUUUUCCCCUCUCUGAAUUUGAUAUUGCAUGCAAAUUCAUACAAGGACCCAGCCUACUAUAAGGACCGUGUAAAGAGCACUCCGCCAGCAGGGGGCGCCAGUAAGCCUAGUGAGGAGGAGUCUGCAGAGAAGGGGAAAUCCUCCAGCAGCUCAGCCUCGGCCUCUACCUCAGGCUCAGGCUCAGGCUCAGGCCCCAGCUCAGGGUUCACCCUGGGCCGCCCGCAGGCUGCCAAAGGGAGGAUGCCCGACAUCUCCCUAAACCCAGAGGAGCAUGUGUGCCUGUUGGACUGCAUCUCUCUGGACCUGCAGGAGAUGGACAUUUUCUCAGCGGAGCGUCUUCCGUGCGAGCCGUGGGACAGUGCGGGCAAGCGGCCGGACACUGACUUGUUUUUCACCUCCUACACGGUGCGGCGCAGCGGGAGCAGUCUGCUGCAGGAACGCUGCCACCUACGGCUCAAGGUGGAGCGCAACCUGGACAGGGAGUUAAGUCACGCGGUACCCGACAUGUCCAUCCACGGCAGCCUGUCGUCGGUCCACUGUUCUCUGGACCUGGAGCGGUACCAGCUGAUCCGCGGCCUGCUGGAACUGAACCUGGGCGAGCCCGUGGAGGAGUUCCUGCGGCCGUACAACCUGCAGGACCCCAGCAACUACACGGUGCUGAGUGGUGAUGUGUAUACCAGCCUCUCCUUCCUGGUGGACAUGAUGAACGUCAGUCUGGAGCUGUUGGACAGCCCCAAAUCCACCGGGCACAAAAAGUCUCUAGCCAGGUUUGACUUCAUGAAGUCCAAGCUGCUCUUUGAGACGUUCUCCAACGGCUCCAAGUCGGUGAACCUGGUGUCCCACUCUCUGCUGGCCUACGACACGCGCUACGGCGGCUCCACGGCGAGGCCGAGUGGCAGCGAGAGCAAGCACAACGUGUUCGACUGCAUCCUGCAGCCCUCCAAGACCGGCAGCAACCGAGCUUCCCUGCAGCUGGAGCUGCACUACAGGUCAACACGGGACUCCUCCUGCUUCACCGUGGUGCUGAACAACCUGCGUGUGUUCCUCAUCUUUGAUUGGCUGCAGCUGGUGCGGGACUUCCUGCGCAUGCCUGUGGAGAAGGGCUCGGCGCCGCCACGGCAACGCUGGCCCAGCGGUGGGAGCGACUCCAGUGGCACGAGCGGUGCAGUCAUGCCCAAAACGGUCAAAAGUGGCGUGGUGACCAAGAGGUCCACAGUGCCCGUCACUCAGGACCGUUACCUGGAGGUCAAGAUCAAUGUUACAGGAACUGAGUUUGUGGUAGUGGAAGAUUCCUCCUGUCUGGACACUAACGCCAUCAUUCUGAAAGGCACCACUGUACUGACCUACAAGCCUCGUUUUCUGGAUCGACCCUUUUCUGGUAGCCUAGCUGGCAUUGAGGUGUUCUCAUGUCGACUGGGUAGUGAGCAGGAGACGGCCUUGUCCAUCAUCGACCCGGUGAACGUACAGAUGGAGCUGUGUGGCAGCCCCACCUACCAGAGCAGCUCUGGCCUGCUCGACGCCUUCAACAUCGAGGACUUCCCCCCGCUUCUGGAGAUCCAGUUCCCAGCCCUGGACAUCCGCCUGUCCUAUAACGACGUGCAGCUCUUCUUGGCUAUUGCCAAGUCCCUUCCCUCCGCUGGCUCCCCCAGUCCCAGUGACCCGGCCGCUGCCUCCCUGCCCGGCACGUCCACCGCUACCACUGACCCCCCUGCCAAGCCAAAGGACUCCUUCAGGCACAAAACUGAGAUGCUGCUGGAGGGUCAGCUGAAUCGCCUACAAGACCUGGGCUUCAGGAAGGAGGAUUGCAAACGGGCUCUCAUCCACUGCAAAGGCCAGCUGGACCAGGCAGCAACUUGGCUCCUGGAGAACGCUGAGAGCACGCUGGGGCGGGUGCGGGACGACUCGGACCCCAGCAGCCACUCGGCGCCGCCGCUCUCGGGCAUCGAGGUGAAGGCCGAGAGUGUGUGCAUCUGCUUCAUCGACGACUGCCUGGACUGUGACGUCCCACUGGCUGAGCUCACCUUCUCACGGCUGUAUGUGCUGCAGAGGAUCGGCUCGACGCAGGAGGGCAACGCCAGCUUCACCCUGUCUGGAGAUUACUACAACAGAGAGCUGUCAGGCUGGGAGCCCUUCAUCGAGCCCUGGCCGUGCUUCCUCACCUGGCAGCAGCAGGCGGCCGGCCGUCUCCAUCCCCCGCGCCUCAAGCUCGGGGUGCGAGCCAAGCAGAGGCUGGACGUCAACAUCACCUCCGUCCUGCUGGAGCAGUACAGCACCACCAAGACGUCCUGGCUGGCCGAUUACUGCAAGGAGGAAGACGCGCCUGCUCCUCAGAGCUCGGCCUCUGUUUCCUGGAUGGGCUCCUCUGUGGAUCCCCCCUCUUUUGGCCAGAGUGUUCCUCUUGCCCACCUUAGAACUAGAAGCACUGCCAGCUUGACUUGCCUCGAGCAGCAGAUUCAUGCACGAGCGGACGUCAAGCUGUCCAAGAGGAGGCAGCCUUUCAUCCCUUAUGCCCUGAGGAACCACACCGGCUGCACCAUGUGGUUCGCCACGCUCACCACCACACCUACCAGGGUGGCGCUGUCCCACAGCGGCAGCGUGGACUCCAUCUCUGAUGUGCAGGGCCCCGGCACAGAUGACACGCACAACGUGAGCCAGUGGAGAGAGGUGCUUCCUGGAGAGGAGAUCCCCUUCGAGUUCGAGGCCCGGGAGAAACUCAGACACAGGCACACCCAUGAACUGAAGCUGCACCAGCUCCUGGUCCGUGUUGGGGGCUGGGAGCAGGUCAAGCCUGUCUCCGUGGACAAAGUCGGGGUGUUUUUCCGCUACGCCAACCCUGACCGCAACAACCCGUCAAACACAGUGGGCAGCCCAAUCAGCAGAACCAACAUUAUACACCCACACGUUUAUUUCUCAGCUCUGCCCCCUGUGCGGGUGGUCUUCUCCAUCACCAUGGAGGGCAGUGCUCGUAAGGUCAUCACGGUGCAGUCUGCACUCACUGUCAAGAACCGGCUGGAGGUGCCCAUGGAGGUCCGCCUGGACAGCCCCUCAGCUCCAGACAACUUCUCCUGGCCUCACCUCUGCUAUGACGGACAGUUUCUGACACCGAGGGCUCACGUCUGCCCUCUGACUCUGCUGGCCUGUAAGGGAGCUGAGUUACCGGCUUCAUAUAUUGUAUAUAUAUUUAGGUUCUGUGUGGUCAUUAAGAAGGAGAACUACCCUGACCAGAAGCCUGCUAAGACUGUGGCCGGUGGUGCCAAGCAGAUCUACCGUCAGCCUGGCCACACCAUCUACCUGCUGCCCACACUCGUACUGGCCAACCUGCUGCCCUGCGACCUCAACUACUACAUCAAGGGCACCACCAUCAAGGGCACCAUGAAGCCGGGCAAAGAGGCCGUGCUGCACGCCGCAGACACCUCUCAGAACAUGGAGCUGGGUGUUCUCCUGGAGAACUUCCCUGUGUGCAAGGAGCUGCUGAUCCCCCCCGGUACUCAGAACUACGUGGUCCGCAUGCGUCUGUAUGACGCCAACAGGCGCCUCCUGUGUCUGACUAUCCGCAUCAUCCUCAGGGCCCAGGGAGCGCUCAAGAUCCUCAUCUCCUCCCCGUACUGGCUCAUCAACAAGACCGGGCUCCCCCUCAUCUUCAGACAGGACAACACUAAAGCGGACGCGUCGGGACAGUUUGAGGAGCAUGAGAUGGCCCGCAGCCUCAGCCCACUGCUCUUCUGCUACACCGACAAGGAGCAGCCCAACAUGUGCACCAUGCGGAUAGGGAAAAACAUCCACCCUGACGGUGUCCCUGGCUGGUGUCAGGGUUUCUCUCUGGACGGAGGCAGCGGUGUGAGAGCCGUCAAGGUGAUCCAACACGGCCUCAGACCCGGACUCAUCUACAACAUAGGCAUUAACGUGCGGAAAGGGAAAGGCCGUUAUCGCGACACCCACAUUGUGACAUUUGCACCGCGCUACCUGCUCGACAAUCGGUCCUCGCACAAGCUGGCUUUUUCGCAGAGGGAGUUUGCCAGAGGAAAGGGCACGACCAACCCAGAGGGCUACAUCUCCACACUGCCCGGCUCCAGCGUGGUGUUCCACUGGCCCAGGAACGACUACGACCAGCUGCUGUGCGUGCGGCUCAUGGACAACACCAACUGCACCUGGUCCGGCGGCUUCGAGGUCAACAAGCCCAAGUCUUUUCACGUCAACAUGAGGGACACUCUGGGAAACUGUUUCUUCCUCCGGGCGGAGAUCAGCCUCAAAGGAGCCACCUACCAGAUCUCCUUCAGCGACACCGACCACCUGCCUCCACCCUUCCGUGUAGACAACAUCUCUGAUGUGCCCAUCCAGUUCUGGCAGCACGGCGUGGCCGACAUCCGGCUGCACACGGAGGUAAAGGCGGGGUCAGAACUGGACUACGCCUGCGACGAGCCCACGCUGCCCCCCUACCUCACGCUCACUGUCAAGGGUGCCGGCUCGUCCGAGGUCUCCGCAGACAUGAACUUCUUCCGCGAGUACAACAAGCUCUACUACGAGAACUUCAUCUACAUCGCCGCCACAUACACAUUCUCCCAGGACGCAGGGAAGAGGCCUGUGGGGAAGAAGCGUGUGGUGGGCUGUGCUGAGCUGGUGCUGGACGUGGAACCAAAGACACAGAGGGUCAUCCUCAAGAAGAAGGAGCCAGGGAAGCGUUCCCAGCUCUGGAGGAUGACUGGCACAGGGAUGCUCUGCCACGAAGGCUCCUCCCCCCCACAGAGCAAACCCGCCCAGCCCCGCCCCCUGGACUCCUCCCUGGUCCUGGACAUCGCCGGUUUGGCUGCCGUCACAGAUAACAGCUAUGAGCCGCUGAUGUUGAGAAGGCCAGACUCCAGACGCAGCACCACCCAGACGUGGCACUUCAGCGAUGGCAUGCUAACCUGUGGCCUCCCCCGACUGGUGGUGCAGGUGAAGGGUGGUGUGUCGGGGCUGUUUGACGGGGCAGAGGUGGUGCUGGGGCCCGACUCAGGCCUGAUGGCCCCAACCCCAGAGCAGCAGUUCAUCAACCAGAAGAUGAGGCCUGGCUCCGGGGUCCUCUCCGUGCAGGUCGUCCCUGAUGGACCCACCAGAGUCCUGCAGAUAAGUGACUUCAAUCAUCGUCGCAUGAACCGGCCAUCCAGCACCGAGGAGAACCAAACCAAAGAGGUCACGGAGAAGAAGGCCCCCGAGGAGGAGCUGGAGGUGCUGGUGAGCCUUGAGGAUGGCGUCGGAGUGUCUCUGGUGAAUAAGGUCCCUGAGGAGCUGGUCUUUGCCACGCUGUCGGGCAUCGACGUCCACUUCACUCGCACCGCUGGGAGCCAGGUGCUGGAGAUGAGCGUGCAGAAGAUUCAGGUGGAUAACCAGCUACUGGGCACCACUCAACCAGUCAUGAUGUGUAUGACCCCUGCCUCCACCGAGAGCAACAUUACCGACUCGGGCCCUGCUCUCCAGGUCAACGCCGUCAAAGUCCCCAGCAACCUCAUGCUCACUGACCUCUUCAAGCAUCUGAUGGUCACUGCCCGGAGGUUCACCGUCAUCAUCGAGGAGAAGCUCCUGCUGAAGCUGCUAAGCUUUUUUGGAUAUGGCCAAACUGAAGAGAUGGAGAAGCUGGAUGAGAACCUGUAUGAGAAGACUAGUGAGGACACGGGGACUCCUAAGCGCUACUACUUUGAAAACCUGAAGAUCAGCCUCCCUCAGGUCAAACUCAGUGUGUUCACCUCCCACAAACUUCCUCCAGACCUCAAGGCACUGAAGGGCACCUUGGGCAUCCCCCUGAUCCGGUUCGAGGACGCCAUCAUCAACAUGUACCCAUAUACCCGCGUGCACCCGUACGAGACGCAGGAGAUCAUCAUCAAUGACAUCCUGAAGCACUUUAGAGAGGAGCUGAUCAGCCAGGCGGCUCAGAUCCUGGGCUCGGUGGACUUCCUGGGCAACCCCAUGGGCCUGCUGAACGACGUGACCGAGGGCGUGUCCGAGCUCAUCAAGUACGGCAACGUGGGCGGCCUCAUCCGCAACGUCACCCACGGGGUCUCCAACUCAGCGGCCAAGUUUGCGGGAACCUUAUCCGAUGGGCUUGGGAAAACGAUGGACCAUCGACACCAAAGUGAAAGAGAGUACAUCCGUUACCAUGGCGCCACCAGUGGAGAACAUCUAGUGGCUGGGAUCCAUGGCCUGGCACAUGGCAUCAUCGGGGGCUUGACCAGCGUCAUCACCUCCACCGUGGAGGGUGUGAAGACCGAGGGCGGAGUCAGCGGCUUUUUCUCAGGCCUGGGGAAGGGGCUGGUCGGUACGGUGACCAAGCCUGUUGCUGGGGCACUGGACUUUGCCUCGGAGACAGCACAGACUGUGAGGGAUAUGGCCAGCCUUAGCAACCACAGGCUGAGUGUGCUGCGGGUGAGGAAGCCGCGCUGCUGUAAGGGUCCUCAGGGUCUGCUGCCGCGCUUCUCGUCCACUCAAGCCGACGGACAGGAGCAGCUCUUCUUCCUCACCGACAACAUCCACUCCGAGUUCUUCAUUGCCGUGGAGCCCAUCGACACCUACUGCGUGCUCAUCUCCUCCAAGGUGGUGUACUUCCUGAAACCAGGCGAGUUCGUGGACCGGGAGGCCAUCUUCCUGGAGGUGAAGUACGACGACCUGUACCACUGCCUGGUGUCCAGGGACCACGGGAAGGUGUACGUGCAGCUCACCAAGAAGGCAGAGAGCACCAGCAGUGGGGUGGCCAUCCCAGGGCCGUCACAUCAGAAGCCCAUGGUUCACGUGAAGAGCGAGAGCCUGGCUGUGAAAAUCUCCCAAGAAAUCAACUACGCCAAGAGCCUUUACUACGAGCAGCAGCUAAUGCUGCCGCCCAGCGACAACGAGGACAGCCUGCUGCUGGACCUCCUAACCACCACCCCCCCCCCCCCCCCCCCCACCCCCCCCUCCACCCACCUCAUAUUUGCUGCUGGACUCUUAACCCCC